UAGUAAUAAUAAUAAUAAUAAUAGUAAAUUGAAUUAUUUAAAAAAUGGAUUUAUUACUAACAUUAAUCAUUUAUUACCACCGAUACAGUUAUUAAAAGCAAUGAAAAAUCCAGAUAUACUUGUAAUUAAUAUGAAAAAUGAAGAAACUAAUUCACAGACAAUGUUAAAUAAAGAGUUUACAGAAAACAGAAUACCUAUUCACUCUUCUGUUGCGUUAAAAUUAGCAGUUGAUUGUAUACAAAUAACAAGAGAUUUUAUUUAUUAUCUUAUUGUAGAAUGUUUAUUCCCAGCAGCUAGAUAUUUACUUUCAGAUCAGAAUGUUAAAGAUUUAUCACUGUAUGCUCCAUCAAAUGGACAAUUUUCUAAACGUGAAUGUUUACGAAGAAGUUUAUCAAUUUUAUUUAAAAAUCGUAACCUUCCACAAUUUGAUGUUUUUAAAAGCCUCCGACCUAUGACUAAAGAAGUAUCAUUGUCAUUUUUGUGUUUUAUAUGUCGCAUAGAUUGUCAAAGUUUAGAAAAGGUUGUUAAUCUACUAAUUUUAUUACACCAUUCACAUAAAUCAGAUCAGAUUAGUUCUGAAAUUGGUACACAUACUUCGAUAUUGCCUAAUUCAAUUCAAACAUCAUCUGAAAUAGUACUUGAUCAUAGUUCAUUUAAAUCUACUACAGAAGAAUUGCUUCAUAAACAACAUAAAGUUAAUACAAUACCAAAUAUAAUAGGAAAAGCUGGUGUUCAUUGGGAUGUUCAACCUGUUGUAGCUGGACGAGCGAAAUGUGGAUUUGUUGGUUUACGUAAUGGUGGUGCAACAUGUUAUAUGAAUUCAGUUCUACAACAAUUAUUUAUGCAACCGGGUGUACCGGAAACAUUAUUAGCUAUUACAGAUACUGAUGAUACCGAUGAGAAAAAUAUUCUGUUCCAAACUCAACAAUUAUUUGGUCACUUACUUGAAUCUCAAAUACAAUAUUAUGACCCAGUUGGGUUUUGGAAAAGUUUUCGACCAUGGUCAACCGACGUUGAAGUGAAUCCAUAUGAACAACAAGAUGCGUUUGACUUCUUUCAAGCUUUAAUUGACCAAUUAGAUGAUGAAUUAAAAAAAAUGAGAAAGGAACCAUUUUUCCAAACUUUAUACCAAGGUAUAUUUCUUGACUCUAAAUUUUGUGAUGAAUGCGAUCAUCGUUACGAUCGUGAAGAAGUAUUCAGUGCAAUUAAUUUAGCAGUUAAAGCUAACGAUUUACAUGAAGCUUUAAAUCAGUUCGUUCGAGGUGAAGUACUUGAAGGUGAUAAUGCUUAUUAUUGUGAACGUUGUUGUGUUAAACGCCGUGCAGUAAAACGUUUAUCUAUUCACUCACUACCUCCAGUACUGUGUUUACAUCUGAAGCGUUUUGAUUUUGAUUGGGAUCGACAAAUACCUAUUAAAUUUUCGCAUUAUUUCAAAUUCCCAAGACAGUUGGAUAUGAGUCCAUAUUUAACUGGUUCUACACUGAAAUUUCGGUCUUCUGCAUUUUUUUCCUCACAUUCAUCAACCUCGGCUUUAUUACAACGUGAAGCCAAAGAAGCCACAUUUGCACCUAGCGCAGCAAAUAAACGACCUAACGAUAACGAUAUAACUGAUUUCACUGAAUUAAACACAACUGAUGAAAUUGUCAAUGUAGAGAAUCCUGUAACAUUUUCCAAUUCUCCACUAUCAUCACCAACAUAUUCAACCGAUCAAUUAUAUGAUGACUCUGAUAAAAUAAUCAAUACAACUAAUAUGACAACUGAUGAUAAUACUGAUGAAUUGACGAAUAUGAACCCAAGUAAUACAUUAACUAAUACAUCAACUUUAAAUAUAUCUUUAUCGUCAACAUUGGAUAAUCAAAAAAAGCAUGAGAAUUUAUACAAACUUAUCGGUAUUGUUGUUCAUUCUGGACAGGCCAACUCUGGUCAUUAUUAUUCAUUUAUUAAGGAUCGUCGUCAUUGCAAAGGUCAUCAAUUCAACUCAAUGAACGCUUAUCAAAACACUGAACAAUUAUUCAGUUCAUCAGUGAUAGAUCAACAUUCUGAUGAAUUUGUACAAAAUGUUACAAAAUCUAACUUAGAAACUAUAUCUGAAAUCAAAAAUGAAGUAGAUAACGGGCAAAUAAAUACAAAUAAUACUACAACUAAUAAUAGUGAUAUUAAUAACAAUAGAAAUAAACAUCUUAUUACUGAUCAUGAAAUACAAGAUACAGAACAUUGGUAUCGAUUUAAUGAUACAUAUGUUGAACCUAUUGAAUUAACGGAUGAUUUACUUGAACAUGAAUGUUUUGGUGGAACCUAUAAAGUUACUGGAAAUGACGGACGAACUGUUGAAACUCGAACCAGAUACUGGAGUGCAUAUCUUUUGUUUUAUGAACGAGUCAGUAUGAAUUCUUCGUCUUCUUCUACAGUGAGUAAACCGCUAGAAACGGAAAAUAUAACAACCAGCAAAGAUCAACCUGAUUUUCAAUUGAUUGUUGAAUGUGGUAAAGAAGGAGUAGUUCGUAACUCAUCAACCAACCUAAAUGAACAAAGCUCAGUGGUGACUACUAACGUGACAACAACCACUACAGGAACUAAAACUACUAUGAUUCCUAAUAUCAUGAAGUCCAUUUCAAUGCCUACACGGAUUGCUCAACAAAUAUGGACAGAAAAUAUGACAUUUUUACGUGAUCAAAACAUUUACUCUCAUGAAUAUUUUGAAUUUGUACGAGAACUAUGUGAAGGUAUAUUGGUUGAUGUCAGCAGUUUACGUCAAGAACCUGAACGUGGAGUACUUGGUACAAAAUUACUAUCGCAUUUCUUAUUUAAUACUUUUCUAUGCCUUCAUUCUCGUGUUAAACUCAAUAUGGCAUUAAAAUCAAAUGAAUCAUCAUUAAAUAGUUUAUGUACAAGCGAUGUGACAGAACUGAUAACAAAAUUAAAUUCUGAUUUACUUAACUUAUUAACUCGUUUAGCUACAACACAUCCUAGUGCAACACGUUGUUUGAUGCAUUUUCUGUAUAUCAGUCCAAGUCAACCAUGUUUAGUUUCAAUGCUUUUGGAUCCCGAUCCAGUAGCACGUCAACAAACUGCAAAUAUGAUUCUCGCUGUGUUACAAGGAUUCUAUGGUUUUAAAGAAACAAACAUUCUUGAUGGUACAUUAACUGGAUUGAUUAACAAUCUACUUGGUUUAUUCGAUAAUGGUCAAAUAGCUGAACAUUUAACAGAAGCUGGUGCAUUAUUCGGUUUACUUCGUGGUUAUGCAGAAAUGUGUCCGCAUGCCACGGUACACUUAUCUAAUUUACGAGCAACCAAACGAAUAUUAAACUUUUUCAUUGAACCAAAUAAUGUCAAUUCAUCUGACUCUAAUCAACAACCUGCUUGUUGUACAUCUUUUACUGAAGAUGCACCAAAUUGGUCUCACCAGUUACGUGUAUGGAGUCCGAUCCAGCAUAGAGAGAUGGGUAAUCUAUAUCACCUUCUUACUAUUUUACUACUUCAAACAUCGUUUGAUGCAUAUAGAUUUUCAGAUCCUCAUGACAGUGGUAGUACAACACGUGCACCAUUAGUAUACCGUCAAACAUCACAAAGUCGUUUAUUACUUCGACCACAAAAAGAAACAACACUUUGGCUUGGUCUAUCUACUCCACCCUUAUUAUUAAAUCCUGUUAUCAAACCAGUUAUUUCAAAUAUUCAAACAGAUAAUACAACAACAAAUACAAUAUCUAAUAAAGUCAAUUAUUAUUCUACUCAACUAGUUGGAUUAUAUAGAUUGUGUGAAAUUGUUUUAAAAGCAUAUAUAGAAAAUCCUAUUAUACCAAAUUUAACUUCAUUUAGUCUUGAUGAACAAGGUAAUCCAAAUUUUACUACUUGUAAUAAUUUGACUACAGUCAAUUUAACUGGUGGUUCGUUAAGUUCAACAAGAGUUAAUUCAAAUGAAUUAUCCAUUGUUAUAGGAAAUGAGCCAAUAUCACUUAGACAACGUAUUCGUGAAUUAAUGUUACAUAUAUCAGCAAGUUCAUGGGAUACAUCUCAAUGUUUUAUUAUAUCUUUACUUGAUCGUAUUCACAGUCGACCACAAUGUGAACUCAGACAAUAUUUUGAUUUGCUCAGUGAACUUUUACGUCUUACUGAUUGUAUUCAACCAGCUAGAAUUAUAGCAGUUAUUGAUGGAUUAGUUGAUCAGAAAAUUCAUCUAAAUAAGAAUGAUAAUAAAUGGAUUUGGGCACCACGUCCUAACGGAAAUCGACAAUUAUGGGCAUGGAAUGAAGCAGAAAUGAAAAAUAAUAUAAUUCAAUCCGAGAAUAUAGGUAAUAAUGAUGUUAAUCAGAAUAUCAAUAAAUACGGACCUCCUGAAGUUCUUGGCCUUUUGGAUUUAAUUCAUACAGACUAUACUCGAGAUCCUCGACGUGCUUAUCAAUAUACCAAAUUCAUUGUUGAAUUAUCAACUCAGAAUACUGCUGUAUUAAAAUACUUAUCAAAUUAUCCAGAAAAAUGGGAACCUAUUGUAAAAUGGUUGAAAUCUCUUAUAGAGUCUACAUCAGAUGAACAUUUUAGUCGUAAAAAUUCACUUGAUUUGCCUUGCUCACAUUAUCCUAAUGACAGCUUAGAUAGUCGUAGAGAUAUGAGAAAAAAUGAAUCAGAAGGAAUUUGUAUUGAUAUUCCGACAGGUUUAUCAAAUAGUCAAAAUGUUGGUUCUCAAUUAUCAAAUAGUUUUGUUCAGACUUCUAAUGAAUAUGGUGAAAAACCAACUGGUUUUCAACGGACAAAAUCAGCUCAGAAAACACUAAGUGAAGCAACUCGUUUACUUUUUUCUAUGCCACGACCUCAGCAUAUGAGUAGUGAUAAUCCAGAACUAGAACCUACUGGUUUAUCAUCACCACUAACAUCAUUAAUGAUGACACCAUUAAUUAGUAAUCGUAAUGAUGAUGGUGAAGAUGGCGAUAACGAUGGUAAUAGUCAGCAAAAUGACAAUCUUUUUCUUAAACUGUCUACCUAAAUCUAUCCUUCUCUUUUCCAUUUAUUUCCUGUUACAUUGCUUUCAAAUCUACCAUUUCUUAUGAUGUAUCACUUAAAUUGACUACGUAAUCUAGUAUGCUUGUAUAUGUAAUUUUUACAUAUAUGUGUGCUUGUGUUGUUUGUAUACAUCAUGUAUGCAUAGAAAUGUUUAAAACAUUAUAUAAGAAUAUUACAAUUCAUAAAGUUAUUUGUCUGAUUUAUAUAUUUCCUCAUUGAUUUAACCACUAUUUUUUAAUUAUACAAUAGCUAUUCAAUGAAAUCUCUUGUCAUUACAUGAUUUAUUUUCAGCCUAUUUUCAUUUCUUUUCUUUUCUAAAUGUAAAUACAACAUAGAAUAGCAUGCUAAUCACAAUUCAUUUUCUCAUUUAUAUUGUUUUUUUUACAAUUAUCAUUAAUAAAGUUAAAAUCUUGACUUUUUAACAUAAAAUAUUGCAUAUUUUGUAUAAAAAUAAUUAAUGAAUAAUAAGAAGAUAAGAAAACUUAUAAUGUACUGCUUAUUCAAUAGAGAUCUCUAUCAAUAAUCCAUGUCUGUAGUCUAGUCAUUUUAUUUUGUCUUAUUCCCUAAUUGAUAUUCCUAUACUAACCCUUUCACAUGUCCUACCCAAUAUAUAUAUAUAUAUAUAUAU